AUGGACCCGCGAACCGAAUACGCUUUAAAAACGAGCACCAGCCUGAAAGGAUCUCAAUGCAUCCCGAGUUUCCAAACUCCAGGCUCCGUCCAGCACUCCUGCCAAGUCCGCCGGAAGCGCACUAAACCUCUAUCAGUUCCGCAUCAUCGCCACCUCACUCGUAUCACACCUUGGCGUCACGGCAGUCGGAACGCUGGAGCCGGGCAAACGGCAGAACAACAAAGUGAUGGGUCAACCCGACCAAGCUUGCGCAAUGUGGGACACCACCUCGUCGCCGCGGAGGGCUACACCCAAUACGUCGCCCCCGGCACGACGCCCAUCGACUGGGCGCGCACCACGGGGAAGGAGCUCUGGUUGGGCUACUUCCACCGCACCCGCGAGCCGAGCACGCACGCCAAGCAUGAGAUCACCGCCGGGUAUUCGAUGCUGUUUGACGUGUUUGAGUUCCGCCGCGGCGCGGAGCGACGGUAG